AUGGGCCCCGGCGCCUCCCUCCAGCCCCGCGAGGAGAAGCAGGAGCCGGUGGUGGUGCGGCCCUACCCACAGGUGCAGAUGCUGACACAGCACCACCCCGUGCAGUCCGGGGCCCCGGUGACAGUGACGGCCUCCCCGGCACAUCUGACGCCCGCUGUGCCACUGUCCUUCUCAGAGGGACUCAUGAAGCCACCGCUGAAGCCCACUAUGCCCAGCCGGCCCAUUGCUCCUGCUCCACCCUCCACUCUCUCAGCUCCCACGAAGGUUCCUGGGCAGGUCACCGUCACCAUGGAAAGCAGCAUCCCGCAGGCUCCAACAAUUCCAGUGGCAACUAUCAGUGGACAACAGGGGCACCCCAGUAACCUGCACCACAUCAUGGCCACCAACGUGCAGAUGUCCAUCAUCAGAAGCAGCGCCCCUGGGCCUUCCUUGCACAUUGGAGCUUCUCACCUGCCCCGAGGUGCAGCAGCUGCUGCGAUGAUGUCCAGCUCUAAAGUGACCACAGUCCUCAGACCAGCGUCCCAGUUGCCAAAUGCAGCUGCGGCUCAGCCGGCAGUUCAGCACAUCAUCCAUCAACCGAUCCAGUCUCGUCCUCCCGUGACAACGUCAAGCACUAUUCCUCCCGCUGUGGUGGCAACUGUCUCUGCCACAAGAGCUCAGUCUCCAGUUAUAACGACAACAGCAGCACAUGCUACAGAGUCAACCCUCAGUCGCCCCACUCUGUCUAUCCAGCAGCACCCGCCAUCGGCAGCUAUUAGUAUCCAGCGGCCUGCGCAGCCGAGGGACGCGGCGACUCGCAUCACGCUGCCGUCUCACCCAGCCAUAGGAACGCAGAAACCGCAGCUCCACACCAUGGCCCAGAAAACCAUUUUCAGCACUGGUACUCCAGUGGCAGCAGCAACAGUGGCACCCAUUUUGGCAACAAAUACCAUUGCUUCAGCAACCACAGCUGGUUCUGUUUCUCACACCCAAGCGCCUACAAGUACCAUUGUCACCAUGACGAUGCCCUCCCAUUCUUCCCAUGCUACUGCUGUCACAACCUCAAACAUCCCAGUUGCUAAAGUGGUUCCCCAGCAAAUCACACAUACUUCUCCCCGGAUCCAGUCUGAUUAUACUGCAGAAAGGAGCAAUCUGAUCCCCAUCCCUGGUCACCGGGCAUCUCCCAACCCAGUGGCAAUGGAAACCAGGAAUGACAACAGGCAGUCGGUGCCUGUCCAGUUCCAGUAUUUCCUCCCGACCUACCCACCUUCUGCCUAUCCGCUGACUGCGCACACCUACACGCCCAUCACCAGCUCCGUGUCCACCAUCCGCCAGUACCCAGUUUCAGCCCAGGCGCCCAACUCAGCAAUCACGGCUCAGACUGGCGUAGGAGUGGCCUCCACUGUCCACCUCAACCCCAUGCAGCUGAUGACUGUAGAUGCGUCCCAUGCCCGGCACAUCCAGGGGAUCCAGCCGGCGCCUAUCGGUGCGCAAGGGAUCCAGCCAGCACCUAUCAGCGCGCAGGGAAUCCAGCCGGCUCCCAUUGGGACCCAGGGCCUGCACCCCACUGCGCCCAUCGGCACGCAGGGUCUCCAGCCAGCUCCCAUCAGCGCUCAGCAGCCCCAGGCGGACACCAAGACUUCAGCAGUAGUCUUGGCGGAUGGAGCCACCAUUGUAGCCAAUCCUAUUAGCAACACGUUCAAUACGGCUUCUGCAGCGACUACAGUUGUGCAAACCCACAGCCAGAGUGCCAGUGCCAGCGCGCCAGCCCAGGGCUCUUCCCCACGCCCCAGCAUCCUCCGGAAGAAACCCACCACGGACGGGCUGACAGUCCGAAAAAGCUUAAUUCCCCCUCAGCCUGCUGAAAUAACUAGCACACGUGUGGAAAGCACUAUGCGAAGUACAUCUGGAUCCCCGAGGCCUGCUGGUGCCAAGCCAAAACCUGAAAUCCACGUGUCCAUGGGCGCUCCCGUGACGGUGUCUAUGGAGGCAGUGUCGAACCAGGGCGGUGAGCAGCCCACCAUGGCACCUCCAGCCACCAUGAGCAGCGCCCUUUCGGCAGUGCUGGGACCUGCCGUGCCCGAGAUAAAGAUCAAAGAGGAAGUGGAACCCAUGGACAUAAUGCGACCAGUAUCUGCAGUCCCUCCUUUGACUACAAGUACCGUGUCUCCAUCUCUGGCAUUGCUGGCCAACAACCUUUCAAUGCCACCAAGUGAUUUACCUCCUGGUGCCUCCCCAAGGAAGAAACCCCGCAAGCAGCAGCACGUGAUCUCCACAGAGGAGGGAGACAUGAUGGAAACAAACAGCACUGAUGAUGAGAAAUCCACUGCCAAAAGUUUGCUGGUGAAGGCAGAGAAGCGCAAGUCUCCUCCAAAGGAGUAUAUAGAUGAAGAAGGCGUAAGGUAUGUCCCUGUGCGUCCAAGGCCGCCUAUCACACUGCUCCGCCAGUACCGCAAUCCUUGGAAAUCCGCCUAUCACCACUUCCAGAGAUACAGCGAUGUCCGGGUAAAAGAAGAGAAAAAGGCCAUGCUGCAAGAGAUUGCCAAUCAGAAGGGUGUAUCCUGUCGUGCCCAAGGGUGGAAGGUCCAUCUAUGUGCGGCGCAACUACUGCAGCUGACAAACUUGGAGCACGAUGUGUAUGAGAGACUGACUGCCCUACAGGAGGGCCUCAUUCCCAAGAAGAAAGCAGCAACUGAUGAUGACUUGCAUCGAAUAAAUGAACUGAUACAGGGGAAUAUGCAGAGAUGCAAACUGGUGAUGGAUCAAAUCAAUGAAGCUCGAGACUCCAUGUUAAAGGUGUUGGAUCACAAAGAUCGUGUUCUGAAGCUUCUAAACAAGAAUGGAACUGUCAAGAAAGUAUCCAAAUUAAAGCGGAAGGAGAAGGUUUAAAGCCAGAAUAAUGACUCUGGAAAUGGAGAAAUGUGUACAGAAUGGAGUUUAAACUUUUUGUAGUUUGGGUUUAUUUUUAAGCAAAGCAUCUGAAUAAAAAGGGUGAGUUUAAGGGAACAGAUGACAACAGAUGGACAUGGGAAGCCUGGUGACCUGAAGGGAUUGUGAGCAAUCUGUCAUAAUGAACAAAGAUUUCUCAGGCUCAUCCAUUUUUAAACUCUUUGCAGUCCCAUUUGUUUAAUCUUUCUGAUGUGUCAGUGCCUACUAAUUGGAACUAGUGAUGCAAUGUGUGGUGGACUGUGCCCUCCUGUUUUGCAGCUUAGGGGUAAAUUACAGGUGUGUGCA